AUGGACAACGAGAAGGAAGACGAGGAGAAGAAGGAAGACGAAGACGAGAAGGAAGACGAGGAGAAGAAGGAAAUGGCCGAGGACGAGAAGAUGAUCGACCGCUUGGGACGAAAUUGGUUCACUUCGGAUGGUUUGCGCCAUCUCAUCGAAGGCUACCACGGGCCCGGAGGAGAAACCAUCCUGGGGAUCAAAGCACACCAUCCCUACAACUACUUGUGCCUUCCAAAAAACCAUGCGCCGUUUUUUGACCACAUGCAAAAAGGAAAACUGUAG